UCAACCGGAAUUUACCAUCAAUACACGUAGAAUCGAGGGACAGUGGCCCAGAGCAUGUCGUGCAAUUGGCGUGGAUGAGGAUGUUGAUGACAAGAGUGAAGGGUGAGAAAACACGGUCGCGUCGCCUGCUGGGACUCGCUUCACAUGCGUCAUCGUGCUUCAACUCCAGAAAUUUCCGACUUGAAAGUUCUUGACUUCUCUCGAACAAUGCCCAGGUCACCACCACUAAUGUUCCGCCCACCACCGAUAUAAUGUCGAACCCGUCACCGCCGCGAUCCUUCCUCCCGCUCGAUUCAUUGUUCGAAAACCCUCUAUUUGCCGGCGGCCUCGGUCUUGCAGGGCUGGGAGCAGCAGCAGCACUCGGCCGGCGCUGGGUCAUCAAGAGCGCGUCACUUAUAAAGCAACGCCUGCUCGUCGAUCUCGAAAUCUCGAAACAAGACGAAAGCUACCAGUGGAUACUCGCCUGGCUAUCCAUCCCACGUCCGCAAGAAAGAGGUUUCAUCACAUCACGCCUGACGAGAAUCCACCACCUUUCGAUGAAAACCCGUGUUCAGAGGACAGCAGACGGGUCCGUCCCUCCAGUCAAGUUCCACGCACAAUCAGGCUAUGGCAAACAUAUCAUCCGGUAUAAAAACGCAUUCAUCCAGAUCGACCGGGAGAAGCAAAGUAGCCACAACCAUACUACGGGAGAGCCCCAUGAGACGGUUACCUUUACCACAUUGUACGCACACAGGAACAUAUUUGAAGACAUAUUCGCGGAGGCAUUGCACCUGGAACGCGCAGCACAAUCAGGGAAGACGGUGAUGUGGGCAUCUAAGGGGAUAGAGUGGAUACAAUUCGGGGACGCGCGACGGAAGAGGCCUCUCAACUCUGUGAUACUAGACCAAGGGAUCAAAGAGCGCAUCGUGGACGAUGUGAAGGAUUUCCUAGGUCGGCAGCAGUGGUACGUCGACCGGGGCAUACCGUAUAGGAGGGGAUACCUGCUGUAUGGGCCGCCGGGGAGUGGGAAGAGCUCGUUCAUCCAGGCGCUGGCUGGGGAGCUGGACUUCGGGGUUGCGAUUAUCAAUUUGAGUGAGAGGGGCAUGCAGGAUGACAAGUUGGCCCUGCUGCUCACGAAGUUGCCGCGGAGGACAAUAUUACUGCUGGAGGAUGCGGAUGCGGCGUUUAUGAAUAGGAGGCAGACGGACGCGGAUGGGUACAAUGGGGCUACGGUGACGUUUUCGGGGCUUCUGAAUGCGUUGGAUGGAGUGGCUGCUGGGGAGGAACGGAUUGCGUUUCUUACUACGAACCAUAUUGAUCGACUGGACGAGGCGUUGAUUAGGCCUGGGAGAGUGGAUAUGACGGUUAGAAUUGGUUUGGCUACAAGAUACCAGGCGGCUGAGAUGUGGGAUCGAUUCUACGGUGACAUUGAUGUACAAUCAGAAGGGAGAGCAUUGUUCCUGGAAAGGCUGGAACAAUUGAGAUUGAUACCCGAUGAGGAAGGCGUUUGGCAUGAAGGAGCAAGACGGCAGACGAGUACAGCAGCAAUCCAGGGAUUGUUCAUAACGAAUAAGGACAACAUGAAUGGGGCAAUUGAGAUGGCGGAAGGAUUGAUACCCAGAAUCUACGAGCCCGAGACGGCACAACCAGGCGCGUUGAAACUACCAGCGUGAGGCUGCAUGUCUCUGGCAAUGUUGGAACAACAUACUUAGGCGUGUACAUAAAAGAUACCACUGUACAAAUACACAACUCAUUAUCAAACCAGCGCCCAAAUGUU